CAUAUGCUUCCCGCCCUCACUUAAAGAAUUUAAGCCCUCACAUUUUUUUAGUUUUAUUUUUCUCGCACUUCCGUAUUCCGUUCCCUUUUCGAUUCUCAGCACAUCAGAAUGAGCGGAGAUAAUUUGAUCGACGGAGAACCCAGAGUCCGUUCAAUUCUAGGUGACAUUACAAAUCGAUCUGUUAAAAGAGGGUUUUCGUCGAUUUCUGAUGCUUUAGGUUUUAAUCCUAAAGAAGCAGAUAACCGGUUUACAAAACAAGUUUGUGUAGGUGAAGAAAGUUUGAUCCGAGAGAAACCUAAUGAAUCCCAAUUUGAACCAAACCCUAAUCCCUCUUAUACUUGUAGUGGUGAAAUUCAUACCUCAAAAGAGGAUUCGGUGUCGGUUAAUGAGAAAGUUAGUGAGGUUAGGGAAGGGGUUGAUUUGUCUGAUAAUGAUGAUAGGUUAGAUCAAGGUGACGGUGUUAGGCAAGUAAGGGAUACGUUGAAUGAUAGUUGCAGGGAUGAGACUGGGUAUUUAGGCAUUGGUAGACUAGCGUCAAGUAAUGGUGGGUGUAUCGAGUGGUCGAGGUUACCUAAGUCAACAUCAAGUUUACGGCCGUUCGAGCUGGGGAGGUGUGCGGAACUCAAGAAUGAUGGUUCUAAUUUGAAUGCCAGUAUUGAUAUGCUCAAAGCUUGCUCUUGUUCUUUUUGCUUGAAAGCUGCCUACAUUUGGUCGGACCUUCAUUAUCAGGAUACUAAGGGUCGAAUAGCUGUCUUGAAGAAAAGUCAGAAAGAAGCAAACAUUUUAGUCCAGAAAAGUUCCGGUGGGAAACAAAGUGACAUUCAUAACCAGGGAAAUCCUAAUGCAUCUUCAAAAUUAGAAUCUGACCUCACAAAUCAGUGGAAAUCACUCUUUCUUAACAUGGAGGAUAUAUUUGUUCAUGAAAGCAACCAGCUCCAAGCCAGUUACAUUGAACUAAAAGAUCUGAGGGACAAAUGCAAGAUGGAUCUACAGCGGAUAACAGGGAUUCCUUCGGGGAGAUAGAAAGGAGCGUGCUUGCAAUGAUUCUUAUGAAUGUAAGAUCUUCUUGCUACUCCAGAUUCGAGAAUUUUGUAUUUGUAUGUUUCCACAUGCAUUUGCCUAACAGAUUCUAGCUUCUUUCGUGACUUCUAAUAUGUUGUCAAAGACUAUAAAAUGUAUGAUCUCAGUUUGUAGUGCCUCUUCUUUUUCUUUCUAUUAUGUG